AGUAACUGUGACAGAAUUAAAUUGAUGUCUUUGAAGAACAUUUAAUAAUAACACAGAUUUGAAGUUUUGUACAGAUGUAAGACCUGCUUUGGUAGGAGUGCAUUAUAUUCAGUAAAUAUUUCCUCAAAGCAUCAGGAUGCCUGUGUACAUAAGAAAGAGUCCCAUGGGAAUACCACCUCCCUCUGACAAAGCUGGAAGCAGUGAUGAAGAGAAUUCAUUCCUGAAAGAUCCAGAUCAACUUCAGGAUCAGCUACCCCAACCUUUCCGCAUGAUUGACAAAGUCCUAAACAGCUUGAUUGACAGUGCUUGGGAGAUUAUUCAAUACAAUGAAGCAAUCAAAAUUGAAGAACAGUCCAAGAAGAAAAUACCAAAUUUUGAAUCCACUGGUGAAAUGCAGCUGUCAAGAAAAGUCACCUGUCUCGCAUUUUCUGAGGAUGGAAAUUAUAUAUUUGCUGGCUUUUCCAAUGGAAUUGGUGUGUUUUGUUCCCAGUCUAAUUCAAUAAUUUCAGUUUGGGAAGAAGAAGGCACAGAGAUAACUUCUUUUUAUGUUACAAGUCUUGGAGAGCAAGCUCAUCUUAUUGCCUGUGUAGAUGACAUGGGUAUAGCCCGCCUCUUCUCCUAUUUUUCUGAUACAGUCAUCCUUAUCAAAACGAUUAAUGAACCGGAUGAUGUAAGUGGAAGAAUUAUUUGUUCCAAAUUUGAGUUGUCAAAGGGAGGUGACUUUGCUGCUGCUGUACUAGAAGACAGUGAUGAGUCUUGGCUAGAAGUCUAUCGAUGUCCUAAAGAUUCCUGGCUUCAGGAUGUUGAAAUUGGAAAAGCUACUUUACAAAAACAGCAAUACCCAGAUAGCCAAGCAAGCUCUGCAACAGAUGUGACUGUACAACCUAGUUCAGUUGGAGAUAUUAAGUUUUCCUCUCUCACAAUAGUGAUGAAAAUCAAACCACCCAAGUCAAUUUCAGGGACUUCUUUAAAAAGCCCAUUUGAAACAUUACAUAAGACAGAUGAUGGCAAUGUGAUUGGCACAGGCCAGAACCACAUGAUCAGUUCACAGCAGCUGGAAGAACAGGAACUCAUUUUCAAAGCAAUGUACAAGAACUACCUGGAAAAAGCUGAGGCAAAUACAACAGAAAGUAAAUCAAGUCUAGGUAAUUUUCAUUUUCUUCUGCCAGGAGGAUUGAUUCCAUCUUUUGCUGACACAAAGGGCCAGAAUGGGGUGCCAAUUGCUUUGAGUCUAUGGUGGAGUGGAAGUCAUAACCUCUUUAAGUAUCUGCUUGUCAGACAAACAAAGGAGAAAACAGACUCUGAACCAAGGCCUGAUGUUGUAUUGCCCAAUGCUAAGCCGAUUCUGUGCUCCUCUGUAAGCUCUUCCACAGGAUACAUCGCUUUGGGUCUUAUGGAUGGUGUGCUGACAAUUUGGGACAGGUUAUUAGGCAUGUAUGAAGUUUGGCUUAUCUCAUUUUAUUUCAAAACGUAUUCACAAAACCUCAGAAUGGCAGCCUCCCCAUGGCAGUUGUUGUACUCCCAGACACAAGUCCUAUUAACAGGGUGCAGUUUUUUUGACCCCUGUUUUGGCAAUGUGGAGAACACCCCUAUCAGUCUGGCCUUGCCUAACCCUAAAAUUCAAGUCUUGGCUGCAUGUAGUGAUGGAUCAUCAUACAUCAUUUCCACAGCAAGAAGCAAAGAAACAACACUGACAAGACUCACUGAAAGGGCUGAUUCCACAGACAGUUUGCCUCACACAUAUGCUCCUAUACCACUUUAUCCAACUUUGGUUCUUCUUAUUACCAGAAAUGGUAAAAUUACCAUUAUGAAUACUGAUGGGAAACCGGUCUGUUGCUUCUCCCUGCCACCUACACACAUUUUGGCAGAUCCAUGGCAUCCCAUGUUCCUGUUAAGUCCACAUAAUACAGCUCUGUUCAUGAAAGCGGAUCUGAAAUUAUCACUUGAUGAAAUGUCAGAGAGACAGGAUGUGGACAGCUCACUCUUCAUUUUCAGGUUUUGUCAUUUUUCUGUGAUGGAAUCCUACAAUAACUCAGAAAUUUAUUCCAAGCCCUUGAAGUGCUCGGAAUCUUGGGAAGAGUGGACUGAUCGUUAUUUUCAAUACAGGCUUUUGUCACAGACGUACAGAAAUGAGAAGACUACCACAUGUUGGAGACAACUACAAGAACAUACUGAGCUUGAGAGACAACAGAAAGGUGCUCAAAUGAAUGCCAUGAUUGACAAAACAAUUAGCCGGGGAAAAUAGCAAAACCUUACACAGAGAUAUGUAACUGAAAUCUAGCUGAUGGUCCACAAAAUGAAGUUUAGCAUCUUACCUUUUAACAUUUAAAAUGAUUAAAUUAGAGAUACCAUGCUUUCAGAAUGGAAAUAGAAAGUAAUUGAGCUUGGAUUAAAAAUAUAUCAGUAAAGAAAGAAAUGAGAUGCUGCGGUAUGAAGGAAUGUAGAUGCCUCAUUUGCAUGCGCACCUGCUUACCUUUAAACCUGUGUUUCACUUUUAACACCUAAUGGUUACUUUUUAAACUGUACACUCCAUGAAAUCUGUGUGAAAUCAGGAUUAUCCUGCUCCUCAUGGGCUCUGCUUACUGUAAUGAAUACCAAAUGUUUUAUGCCCCUAAAUUCAUGGAGGCAAAGCAGACGUUUAAUUUUUUGGAACAUUAUUUAUACAACAUAAAACUGUAAUAUUACAAUGUCAGGUAUCUAUAUAAACAUACUGUGUUUUGCAAUUAGUCAUUAAUAUUAAACAGUGUAGUACCUAGAA